AUGGCCAACGAGUUAAAAGGCAGAGAUCAACUCAAUUCUACUUUCGAGAAAAUCAUCCCCCGAAUCCGAAUGGUGUCUAACAGUUGUGUAUUUUCUGAAAUUCUUCUCCAGAAAGAAUUACUUAUAGAACUUGGUAAGUUAUGCAAAGCAGAAAAAAAAACCUCAGAGCCGUUCAAAUCUUUACCGAGACUUGGAAAUUUGCUUUCAGAUGUGCCUGAUCCACCGGACCGUCCUCUGAUAUCGAACUUCACGUCGAGGUCCGUGCGUCUGUCCUGGGUGGCGAGUCGUAAUUCUCACAACAACCCGAUCCUGUACUACGUCAUCGAAACUCAGUACGAGUUCGAGGCUUUAGCCGCCGUAGCUCGGGGAACAGAAACGGAUAAAAUAAAAGGAGUUACUAGGGAUAAGAACUGCGGUGUCGAUAAGCACCCUUUGUUCUCCCUUGCUUCUCCCGCUCCU